UGGCACAGCUACUAUAUAUUUAAAAGUACUCAAUGGAUGACUUGGCCAUGGUAACUGCAAAGGAGCUCCUGAUGCUUAGAGAGAGCUGCAUGCAGAGCAUCCGCGAAGGUGAGCUUUACCAGUUGCGGAACGAUGCCAAACUACGGGCAGUGAAUACCACGCAGAGCUACGACGAAUUUAAAGAUAUUGUGGAUGCAGCCCAUCUACGUCCCAUCACCCAAAAAGAUAAGGCCGAUGCUAAGACUAAGAGCCGCCUGUGGAACUCAGCGGCACGACAAGAGUAUUAG